GCUUGCCUUUCCUGUGUUAGCUGUGUGGGUACUUUUGACUGUGCAGUGGUUGAAGAUGAAUCCUACAAAGAGACAUCUUUCAGGUAAAGAAUGUCCUUGGUUAAGACUGCAAUCCUUCUGAAAGCAGGAGAACAUUGCAGUUUUAAUUACUUGUCAGAAUAGGGAAAUAAAAAAAGAAGUUCCAUUUUUGGUGCUUCUCUUUUUUUAGUUUGUUGCUUCAUAUUGAGUUAUGCAAUAGGACAGGCAAACCCACAGGCUACAUCCACAAAUUUUAUGCAUAGCCCUUUAUUGAUGUCAGGUCUGAUGAAAACUUUACUUAAAACCUUUAUACCCUAACAUCAUUGAGCAUAUUCUCCAUGCUGUUCUCUGUACAUUUCCAAAGAUGCUGACAAGAAGAAGUUGUUUAACAAUCAAAAGCUUCUUUAGUUGGUGAUCAUUUCCUUUAUUCUUGUGACCUUAAUGUGUGAUUCAGGGGUGAUGUUGUAAGGAGAAAUUAGGUGUUAAUCACUCUUAGGCAUAUGAAGGGUUAAAACAGAAGUGAAUGAAUGUGAAAACCAUAAAAGCCUGUGCAAAUAAAUUUUCAGUGGAGAUCUUCAGAACUAACAGAUUGAUGUUAUGUUUGUGUUGCAGAAAACUUUCCCGGCCAUGAAAACUUCUCUGGUAUAGAAGAAAAUGGAAUCAAGUGCAAGCCUCACAGGUAGAGGCAUAAUUAAUGCUUUACUUCAAUGUUAAGGCUUAAUUUUAUAUCCAGCCAUCAAGCUGUGUGAACACACUAACUAGAGUCUGGUGACAGACCUCGUCAUGUGACCCUCAGUGUCACAUGAAAAGUUGCUACUGACUUGGAAAUGUUACCCAAGGACAAGGUUAACUAUGUUAUAACUUCAACUUCCUUGUUAAGUGAGUGUGUAAGGAUUUGUUCCUCAGGAAAAGUGUUGUUUUCUUAGAAAGGUAUGGUAAUAAAUUUGAAGACAGUGAUUUACAGCACCUCACCUGAAAAUUAAUUAUUUUGUAGGCCAGACAAAAGUGGCCAGGAACAAAUUCUUAAAUUUUAUGGACAUCCAGGACAGUUGGAGGAGCCAAAGUGUGACGAUACACAUCACCCAGAGAUCUGUUCAUACCAGUUAACCAAGUUAAUGGAACAUCAUGUGUCUUGCGAUGUGAAGGUGUGUGGGUCUUCAGAGAUUCAAAUGGCUUCUGUGAAUCCAGAAAUGGGAAAAGCUGUUGAUGACUGGGAAACAUUGCCAAAGGAAAAAGUUUCUUUUAAAGUACAGGAGGCAGUGAAAACAAACCUGGAAAAUGGAUUUAAUUUCUUGUUCCUUAAAUGUGGGGACAUUUAUCAAGCCUUGAGUUUUCCUCCCAUCUUUAAGGAAAAUGAAAGUGCUGAAGGCAGAAGUGCUAUAAAUGUAAAUAUUAUUAUGUUGGACUCUAUCUCAAGACCACACUUCUAUCGAACUAUGCGAAAAGCCACAGAAGCUUUGAAGAAGAUUAGUGAAGAUCCUACAAUCAAAGCCACAGCUUUGGACUUUGAACUUGUUCAAAGCAUUGGUCAACAGACUUUUGAAAACUUGAGACCAUUCUUCAGUGGUGUUCUGAAAGGUGUGUUGACAAAAUUUUUCAUUGUUUAUAAUUUAUUACUGAUUGCUUGUUUACAGUUUGCUUGGUGUUCAGGCCAUAAGCUAAAAAGGUUCGAGUAGUAAGGUUCAAUUGAGAGGAAUUUGUCAACAUAAGUAGCCAUUAAAUUUAAAUUUUCUGAACCAACAUUGGUUGUGGAUCAUAAGUUCUGAUCAUUUGAUGAAAGAUAGAAGUCUUGAAAAGAAUCAACUGUUGUUGAAGGCUACUAUUUCAACAACCUUAGUACAAUGUAGAAGUUAUUCAUCAAAGUCAGAUGACUCAAUGAUUAUGUCUGCUCAGGUUCUAAAAAUAUUUUUAACUCCCUGCUAUCAACAACAGUCCCUUUUCAGAACCACUCUUACCCAGACUUAUAAACCACAUGACUAGUGCUAAUUGAAAAUUAUGCUCAGUUUCUUACUUGUCUUAAACCUGAUUAAAGUUGACCACAGGUAAAUUAGGAUUGCCACUACUGCUGCUACUGCUAGUGCUACUGCUGCUGUUACUACCAAUAUUAAUACCUAGAUUAAUUUGUUUUGGUAAAUUUAUCAGAUGACAAUGAAGUAAGUGCCUCUGCAAGCAAUAAAAACGCUCCUUUGGGUGUGGAAGUGUUAUAUGGGGCUGUAAAAAAGUGGGGCUACCAGACACUCUUCCAAGAGGACCUUUGCUGGUACGAUAUAUGGGGAAGUGCAUUGACAAAUAAUGAAAGGAGAGAAAUUCCUAAAACAAAUUCUGAAUUUAGAGAGAGGUGAGUAACUUGUAGAAUCAAGGUUAUUAAUUUGUUUGGAGUCAAUAAGGGCAUUCUUCUCUCUUUCAAAAAAGAAAGAAAUGUCCAGUUUCACUAGCCAAGUGGCCCCAAAUUGUAGAAGCUGAUCCCUAUAUUGUUGUCAUGAAGCAUCAAGGAUUAUUGCUUCAUACAGAUGGGCCACUAGUCCAUGAUAGGUAAACCCCAGCUGGUUUCCAGACAGUUUCUUGCUCAAGGUAUUUAAAUUAUAAGAAGGAGAAAAGCACUGCGAUAGUAAAAAUCAUAACAUCCACAUCCCAGUUAACCAAAGUUUCCAGUAAGAGAUCUUUCAAUUGUGAGUCUAUGAUGAGCAACAAACAAGAACUGCUUUUUAAGUAUAACAUGUAAUGAAUAAGGAAUUCUGGUCUGCAAAAUGUUCACAACAAUGUCAAUUAGAUAAGAAUAGGUGAAUAGUUGGAUAUUAACCCCUUAACUCCUAAGAUCUGAUUGUUAAUUCUCCCCUCUUGCUGCUACACAUUUCCUUAUAAAUAAGUUACAAGAAUUUGGUGUCAGAUCAAGAUAACAACCUCUACUUGAUAUAUUUGAAUAUUCUUAUUACCUGUUUGCUGGAUAGUGCAUAGAUAUAGUGGGGAGAAGUUACUUGUUAAUCACCUCUGGGAGGUAAAGGGUUAACUUUAACUUUACAUUUUUUUUCACUAAUGCACUAUUAUUGGUCAGAGUGGUAAUUAGUGUUAACUAUUUCAAAUCAGGUGGAAAGAAUUUCAGGAAAAGAUGGCAAGGAAAAUGGUUGACCAUUUUGGGAUUACACAUUUUUCCUGCUCUGUGUUAAACAGAAUUGGAAGGACCAAUCAUUAUGACAAUCCUCAGAAAAUUUGUCUUAAUGGACAGUUUUACAGUUGGUACUUCUUCGACUACAUAAGAAAGGUGUAUACUGCCUUAGAAAACAACAGAAAAGCCAAACCAUUGGUGUCAUACAUGCAUUUCAACACAGGACAUGAGAUGACAGGGAAACGAAUGAUCAACAUGGAUGCCAGCAUGGCAAAGUUUUUCACAGAUAUGGCCUUGUUUCCAAACACUUUGACCAUGAUUUUUUCAGACCAUGGCCACAAAAUGACUCCAUUCAGUUACACUGAAGAGGGAAGGAGAGAGUUAUUUGAUCCAGCGUUCUUCAUGAUUGUCCCUGAUGGUGUUAAAGAGAAACUGGGUCCAGAAAGGAUGGGAGCCUUGGUAACAAACCAAAAGCGCAUCUUUAUGUUGUAUGAUGUUCACAAAGCACUCAUGAGUUUGCAUGAUUCUCAAGAGAAGGACUCAAGGGAUUAUUCAGUUUCAGGGAUAUUUUCAGAGAUUUCGGCCAACCGCACUUGUGCAGACUUGUACAUGCUUCCCUUAACAAGAUGCAAAUGUGAAGGUUUUGAUGAAGAAAUUCCUGUAAAGGAUAAUGCAGACGAUCAGAUGUGGUUGGCAGAAUUUGCUCUGGGACAUAUCAAUGAUGCUAUUCAAAAACAACACAUGAGUGGUAAGAUGUGCAGUGUUAUUUGUUCUCUGUUAAUUCUGCUUUAAUUGGCAGUGAAAGUAAAGUACUACUGCUGAAACAAAAGCCCAAUGAAGUUUUGAUCAAAUUGUUGAAAGCUAGGGUGUGUUGAGGCAGGGUGGGGUGAGGCAAAGUUAGGUGAGGGAAUAAAAGAGAUGAGUACUGUGGGUUAGGCAGGGUUUGAUUAUACGGGUUGGGAUGAGGUUUGGUACAGUAGGACUGGUAGGGUGGGUACUGUUACACACUGUAGUUGAGAUGAGGGUGGGACAGGGUAAGAUGUGAUAAGGUAGAUUGAUAGAGAGAAGAUUCAUAAGAUAAAAUGGAGUCAGGUUAGGCUUCUGAAACAAAAACAAGGUGAAGUUAUUUGAGGCGAUAUGUUAUGUGGUGAAGAUGAGUGAGGAAAGAUUAGGUAAGGUGUGUUGGGUUGAGGUGACAAGUAGUGAGGAGAAAUGAGGAAAUAUUAUUAAAGCUGUCAUGGUUUGAAGUGACUGAAAUGGGCUGACCUGAGGUAAGGAAAGAUAAUUUGAGGUGUGCUGGGGCAAGAUGAACCAAACCCUAACCCCAACCCUAUGGGCAACUGCUGUGAGAUGAUACUCCUGACUCUAGGAAGCGAAGUCCAUUUAAUUUCAUUUUUAUUUAUUUUUCACUCAUUUUCGUCAGGAAAUGGUGCUUCAAAGAAUAACUAUGGCUAUGGAAACUGCCAGCGCUUGGUUGGAAAAUCAUUUGAGAAGGUUGUCAAACGAUUCCGUGGAGAAUACAUCUUGACCACGAUGGACAUUCACGUGUUCCCUCCAGCCGGAUUCACAGAGGAUGAAGUUUAUCGAGUCUCUGUCAAACAGUUUGCCAAACCACAACAAGGAGUAUUUUUUCUCAGUUCUGUCCGGGUAACAAUGUAUAACAAGUUUGCCUUGUGUGCAGAUAAGUCCGUGGAUAUUAAGCUCUGCGCAUGCUCCAAAGAGCAAACCGCAGACGCCAAGAUGAAAGAAGUGUUGUUUGAUAACGGAGUUCCUCGCGAAAUGUUUGGUUCGGACACAAUUGUGAGAGACUUGGAUUCAAACUGUUUGUUAUUCUUGCGACGGAAUCAUGGGACGUUUUCAUUUGGGUUAGAAAUUGCAAAUGUUUGCACAAGUCGAACUUAUAAAUUUGAACUAAAAGGCUCUAUGGAUCAAAGGAUAUUCUCCAAGACUUUGCCCAUUGGGCUGGAAUUAUUCCCAAAGACGUUUAGUUUUUUGACUUCUGUGUACAAAUACCUUUCAAAAGUAAACGAGCCGUUAGGGUUGAAAGCAAGUGUGAAGGUUAAGAAGGAUGGAUCAAACACCUUUACUGAUUUGGGGAUUUUCAGUGUUACAUGACAGUAAAUAUAGUUUUCAAACUGUGAGAAAAUUAUUCCUCUGGACAAGACAAGGAAAACUUCAUCUGUACAUAAAGGUCUUAAACACUUCAAUUCCGUGUAUUUACAUUUUCUUUCAGCCAACUUUAUGCUAUUUGAUUUAUGAACUUGUGUGUUAUAUAAUGGGAGAUUGUUUUUUGUGACAAAGCCAUUGUUGUUAAGUGAAUGACUCAAAGCGCUGUCUGUACUAAUGAGAUUUGUUUGCUCGUUGCAGUCGCUAGUGUAGAAAUUCCUCGUCACGCAAUUUUUAGCUGACCAGACAUGGAUGUUUGGAGGUCAAAAAUGUUAUGAAAAUUGGGAAAUAUAGACAUUUAGAGUAAGAGG